GCAUAGUGAAAAAGAAGUGGCCGUGUACUAUACACUGUUUAUCUAUUGGUUUUAUCAAACUUAGAUUUGCUGUGAAGUUUUAAGGAUGUUUAAUCUUAUCUAAAGAAAAACUUAAUGGUCGCUGAUAGCCGUACCAGCUAUUUUUUUGAUUUCUUUAUCGUAGUGCUCAGACGUUUGUCAUAUCAAGUCAAAGUGGAUAAACAAUGACGGCAAAUCAGACGAGUUUAAUCCAAUUACAAGACGUGUUCUUAAAAACUCGGUGCACAAUCUCACCAUUUUUCAGAGUGGUUGACAACGAAAAGUAUUAUGUGGAUUGUGAUGAAGUUUAUCCAAAUCUCUUCGUUGGAAACGGAAGUGCUGCUAAAAAUUUAGUGUACCUGAAACGGGUCGGCAUCACUCAUGUAGUCAAUAUGGCAGAAAGUGACGUUGACACAGAUGCUAAUUACUAUCGGAACGAUAACAUUAACUAUUUGGGUGUGGCUAUAGCCGAUAGUCCUAGUACGAAAAUCAAUGACCAUUUCGAGGCUGUUACGAAAUUCAUUGAGAAUGGUAUCAAACGAGACGGUGGUAAAGUGCUUGUUCACUGCUUUAUGGGUUAUUCACGGUCGGCUACUUGUGCCAUAGCUUAUUUAAUGAUUUGCGAAAAAUUAGAUGCUACUACUGCCUGUCAGAUUAUAAAAUCAAAGCAUGUGUGCCGACCUAAUGACGGAUUUCUGCAACAGUUGGUUGAGCUGGAUAAUCACUUGAGAAGUGACAAACGAUGAAUUGUAAACGGUUUUCAGUGAAUAAAAAUGUAUUACUUAACGAAAAGAA